CAAAGAUGGAGGCGGUGACUGAGGGGAGCUGGGAGGCGCUGCCCGUGGCGCUGAGCCCGGGCGUGCUGCCGGCCGUCAUUGUGUUCAUGUGGUAUUUCUCCUUUUUUUUUAAGUCUGCGACCAUUCCACUCUUCAUGAGUAACAAGGACGUUGCAGCGGAAGCGGUAACAGGCAGUGGCAAAACCUUAGCGUUUGUGAUUCCCAUCCUGGAAAUUCUUCUCAGACGGGAAGAAAAAUUAAAGAAAAUGCAGGUUGGAGCUAUAAUUAUCACACCAACAAGAGAAUUAGCUAUUCAAAUUGAUGAGGUGCUGUCACAUUUCACAAAACACUUCCCCAGGUUUAGUCAGAUUCUUUUAAUUGGUGGCCGGAAUCCCAUGGAAGACGUUGAAAAGUUUAAAGAGCAUGGCGGGAACAUUGUUGUGGCUACGCCGGGCCGCCUGGAGGAUCUGUUCAGAAGAAGAGCAGAUGGGCUGGAUCUAGCAAGUUAUGUAAAGUCGCUUGAUGUGUUGGUGUUGGAUGAAGCAGACAGGCUUCUAGACAUGGGCUUUGAAGCAAGUCUAAACUCCAUUCUGGACUUUUUGCCGAAGCAGAGACGGACAGGUCUGUUCUCAGCAACUCAGACUCAGGAGGUGGAGAACCUGGUGAGAGCAGGCCUCCGCAAUCCUGUCCGCAUCUCGGUGAAAGAGAAGGGAGUGGCAGCGAGCAACACGCAGAAAACCCCAACGCGCCUGGAGAACUACUAUAUGAUAUGCAAAGCAGAUGAAAAAUUCAAUCAGUUGGUGCAUUUUCUUCGACAACACAAACAGGAGAAACAUCUGGUCUUUUUCAGCACAUGUGCCUGUGUGGAAUACUAUGGGAAAGCUUUGGAAUCCUUAAUUAAACAAGUGAAAAUAAUGAGCAUUCAUGGGAAAAUGAAACACAAGCGUAACAAGAUUUUUACCGAGUUUCGGAAACUCCCCGG